UGUCCUCACCCGGGCGGGGGAGAAAAGCUCGCGGGCCCGCUUCUGAGGAGUCCGGGUUGUGGAGUUCCUCUGCAAACCGACAGCAGCUACCGUCCCCGGGCAGACUCAGGAUGCGGCCAGGAUGGACGGGGGGUGCGCCCUUGCUGGUGUUACUGCUCAGUCAAGGCAUUUUAAAAUGUUGUAUGGCAUACAAUAUCGGUCUCCUAGGAGCAAAGAUAUUUUCCGGUCCUUCAAGUGAACAGUUUGGCUAUGCUGUGCAGCAGUUUAUAAAUCCAAAAGGCAACUGGUUACUAGUUGGUUCACCUUGGAGUGGCUUUCCUGAGAACAGAAUGGGAGAUGUGUAUAAAUGUCCUAUAGAUCUGUCCACUGCUACAUGUGAAAAACUGAAUCUGGAAACUGCUACAACCAUUCCCAACGUUACCGAAAUGAAAACCAACAUGAGCCUUGGCUUGACACUCACAAGGAACUUAGGAACCGGAGGAUUUCUCACGUGCGGUCCCCUGUGGGCACAACAGUGCGGAAGCCAGUAUUAUGCAACUGGUGUUUGUUCUGAUAUCAGUCCCGAUUUUCAGCUCUUGGCCAGCUUUGCACCUGCAGUUCAGACCUGCCCUUCUCUCAUAGAUGUUGUGGUUGUAUGUGAUGAGUCAAACAGUAUUUAUCCCUGGGAAGCAGUAAAGAAUUUUUUGGAAAAAUUUGUCCAAGGCCUGGAUAUAGGCCCCACAAAGACACAGGUGGGGUUAAUUCAGUAUGCCAACAAUCCAAGAGUUAUAUUUAACCUGAACACUUUCAAAACCAAAGAUGCAAUGAUUGAAGCAACAUCCCGGACAUACCAAUUUGGUGGAGAUCUCACAAAUACAUUCAAAGCAAUUCAAUAUGCAAAAGAUUUCGCUUAUAAGGCAGCUGCCGGAGGACGACCAGGUGCUACCAAAGUAAUGGUGGUUGUAACUGAUGGUGAAUCGCAUGAUGGUUCCAUGUUGAAGGCCGUGAUUGAUGAAUGCAACAAUGACAAUAUAUUGAGGUUUGGCAUAGCGGUUCUUGGGUACUUAAACAGAAAUGCCCUUGACACUAAAAAUUUAAUAAAAGAAAUUAAAGCAAUUGCCAGUAUUCCAACAGAAAGAUAUUUUUUCAAUGUGUCUGAUGAAGCAGCUCUACUAGAAAAGGCUGGUACACUCGGAGAACAAAUUUUUAGCAUUGAAGGUACUAUUCAAGGAGGGGACAACUUCCAGAUGGAAAUGUCACAAGUGGGAUUCAGCGCAGAUUACUCUCCUCAAAAGGAUAUUCUGAUGCUGGGUGCAGUAGGAGCUUAUGCCUGGAGUGGUACUGUGGUCCAGCAGACAUCUCAUGGACAUUUGAUCUUUCCUAAACAAGCCUUUGACCAAAUUCUGCAAGAUAAAAAUCACAGUUCAUACUUAGGUUACUCUGUGGCUACGAUUUCUACUGGAAAAGGCAUUCACUUUGUUGCUGGUGCUCCUCGGGCAAAUUAUACUGGCCAGAUAGUGCUAUACAGGGUUAAUGAGAAUGGCAAUGUCACCAUUAUUCAAGCUCACCGAGGUGACCAGAUUGGCUCCUAUUUUGGUAGUGUGCUGUGCUCAGUUGACGUGAAUAAAGACAGUGUUACAGAUGUGCUCCUGGUGGGUGCACCUAUGUACAUGAAUGACCUAAAGAAAGAGGAAGGAAGAGUCUACCUAUUUACUAUCACAAAGGGCAUUUUGAAUUGGCACCAAUUUCUUGAAGGCCCUGAUGGUGUUGAAAAUUCUCGGUUUGGUUCAGCGAUUGCAGCUCUUUCAGAUAUCAACAUGGAUGGUUUUAAUGAUGUAAUAGUUGGUUCACCCUUGGAAAAUCAGAACUCUGGAGCUGUGUACAUCUACAAUGGUCAUGAGGGCACCAUUCACAUGAAUUAUUCCCAGAAAAUCUUGGGAUCUGAUGGAGCCUUUAGGAGCCAUCUCCAAUACUUUGGGAGAUCUUUGGAUGGCUACAGUGAUUUAAAUGGGGAUUCCAUCACCGAUGUGUCCAUUGGAGCUUUUGGACAAGUGGUUCAGCUCUGGUCACAGAGUAUUGCUGAUGUAUCUGUGAAUGCUUCCUUCACACCAGAAAAAAUUACUUUGUUCAACAAGAAUGCUGACAUAAAACUCAAACUCUGUUUCAGUGCAAAGUUUAGACCUACUAAGCAAAACAGUCAAGUGGCCAUUACAUACAAUAUCACAAUUGAUGCAGACCUGUAUUCAUCCAGAGUAACCUCUAGAGGGUUAUUUAAAGAAAAUAAUGAAAGAUGCCUGCAGAAGAAUAUGACAGUAAGUCAAACACAGAGUUGCUCUGAGUACAUCAUCCACAUACAGAAACCCUCCGAUGUUGUCAGCUCUUUGGAUCUGUGUGUGAACAUCAGUCUGGAAAACCCUGGCACCAGCCCUGCGCUUGAAGCCUACUCUGAGAAGGCCAAGGUCUUCAGUAUCCCUUUCUACAAGGACUGUGGGGAUGACGGAGUCUGCAGCUCUGAUCUAGUUCUAGAUGUCCAACAGCUGUCAGCUGCUCAAGAUCAACCCUUUAUUGUCAGCAACCAAAACAAAAGGUUAACAUUUUCAGUAAUGCUGAAGAAUAAAAGGGAAAGUGCCUACAACACUGGAAUUGUUAUUGAUUUUUCAGAAAACUUGUUUUUUGCUUCCUGGACCAUGCCGGUUGAUGGAACAGAAGUCAUAUGCCAGAUUGCUUCAUCUCAGAAGUCUGUUACCUGUGAUGUAGGCUACCCUGCUUUAAAGAGACAGCAACAGGUGACUUUCAUGAUUAACUUUGACUUCAAUCUUCAAAACCUUCAGAAUCAGGCAUCUCUCAAUUUCCAAGCCUUAAGCGAAAGCUCUGAAGAAAACAAGGCAGAUAAUUUGGUCAAUUUCAAAAUCCCUCUGCUGUAUGACGCUGAUAUUCAUAUAACAAGAUCUACCAAUAUAAAUUUCUAUGAAGUCUCCUCAGAUGGGAAUAUUCCUUCAAUCGUGCACAGUUUUGAAGAUAUUGGUCCAAAAUUCAUCUUCUCUGUUAAGGUAACAACAGGAAGCAUCCCAGUCAGCAUGGCAUCCAUGAUCAUCCACAUCCCUCAAUACACCAAAGAACAGAACCCGUUGAUGUACGUGACUGGGGUGCACACAGAUCAGGCUGGCGACAUCAGUUGUAAUGCCGAAAUAAAUCCACUGAAAAUAGGACACACGGCUUCUUCUGUAUCUUUCAACAGUGAAAAUUUCCGGCACAUAAAAGAAUUGAACUGCAGAAGUGCUUCAUGUAGUAAUGUUACCUGCUGGCUGAAAGACCUCCAGGUCAAAAGAGAGUACUUCCUUAAUGUGUCAACCAGAAUUUGGAACGGGACUUUUGCAGCAUCAACCUUCCAGACAGUACAGCUGACGGCAUCUGCAGAAAUCGACACCUAUAACCCCCAGAUAUAUGUGAUCGAAGAAAACACAGUCACGAUUCCCAUUACGAUAAUGAAACCUCAUGAGAAAGCUGAAGUACCAACUGGAGUUAUAGUAGGAAGUGUAAUUGCUGGAAUCCUUUUGCUAUUAGCUCUGGUUGCGGUUUUAUGGAAGCUCGGCUUCUUCAAAAGAAAAUAUGAAAAAAUGUCCAAAACUGCGGAUGAGAUCGACGAGACCACAGAACUCAACAGCUGAGCCCCCCAGCGGUGUCACUGCAGGGCGAGCUGGCGGCCGCAUGGCCAGGGUUUGCUGUUUGCAUGAAUGGAUUUGUUUUAAAUCCCAGUGCUUUAUGUGUAAGUGGCAAACUGGCCCGGUAUUUUACAAAAACUGCAGGUCAGUCUGGAAAGAGGAAACUGGGGGUUUGGGGGGCAGCUAGGAGUACAAAGGGUAAAAGAUGUAUUUUAUGGGGGGGGAGUGACCUUUACACUGGCUGGUCCAGAGUUUACAUAAUGUGCAUUGUGUUAGAAACAUUGAAAUGCUCUCAAACACGAGAAAUCUUAAAGAAAAAUAUAACCUUUCUCAGAUCUGGUGGGGGGAACCCCAACCAUUUAAAGUGAUUGUUUUUAAACAGUGACCACCAGAGUGGAAGUACCUGGCAUAGCUAUAUAAUUAGCUUGGAUACUGAGAUUGAUGGAGGGAAAAACAGAGGUCUUCACCUCAUGCUGGUCAGCCAGAGCUGCCACAGAGGUUAAGUGAUCAUUUUGUUAAUGAAGGAAGGUAUAAUUUGCUGCUGUUGGCCUUCUCAGAGUCCCUUUUUUGCCAUGAUGUAUCUAUCAAAACAAGCUUGGAUACCUGGUAGGAGCCUAGAGUAUGCUUCCGACAGAGGAAAGCUCCAUUUGGGGGGUGGGGGGGGCGGUGGUGCUAGUUUAGAGGUCAAAUGCAAAACUGUUUACACAACAUUGAUGGUAAAAUCCUAUCCACUACAGGCCCAGCCUGUGCCAGAGGAAGUAGGAAGUUUCUUUUCUCCUUCACAACACACAACAGGCUGACUUGACUGCCUGGCAAGGACCUAGUUUGAAUUUGUGGAAGAGGAGUAAUUUCUUUGGCUUCCUUCCUCCUUCCAUACUAAACCACUCUCGCACCUACCUCCUGCUGUCCCCAUCUUCUAGAAGCCCACUGAGGUGUGUCUUCCUCUCCAGUAAUUCAGGAUUAGCCACCUCCCUUUGGCCCUCGUCCAAAUCUCCCAUUUGCUGGAGCAGCUGCUCUAUACCAGGUAUGAGGAAGAAAAAUCAUCUCACUUACAUACUUGCAUUGAAUAAUCCCCUUAACUCCAGGGAACUAUUUUCCUUUAUUGAAAGAAAAACUAAGCCACAGUGAAUUUCUAAUUGUUGGGAUUUCAGGCAGUGUAAAAGGUACAAAACAAAAUUCGAGAAUUUGUGAGAAAUUACAAGGAGACCUUGGAAACCCCCUAUAUUAGCAGGUGCACCCUCUGUGUCUGUGUGUUGCUGGAGAACUUAAACUUCCA